CCCUGGCUCUCCCCUUGCACAUGAGGCUGUAUGAUCAGUGUACACACAUGUAUCUGCCUUCCCCUACACAUACAUGUGAGUCUCAUCUCCUGCUCCUCCUCCUCUCCCUCCAGUGAGAGAGGCUCAGCCGGGAGACACAGAGCCCCUCUCCUCCGCUCAGCAGCAGCUAUAGUAGCAGCCGGAGCAGCGCACGUCCAGCAGUCAGUGGCAACGUUGCAUGAGGGCGGCUGUAACGACGCCUCCGGUCCCCCCGCCGCUCCACGCUCUGCACCGCGCUCGGCUCUUUGAAUUGCCCGCUCCUCCUGCCAGCGAGCUCCGUGUGCCGGGACGGGGCAUGCCUAUUCCGGCUCCGUAGGAGAGCCAGCUCCGACACUGCGGGGUCAGGGGAAUGGAGUUUACGGCAAGUGCAACUCGUAGUUGUCCCUCGCAGCCCCUGGAUGUAUGGAGCAUUGAUGCCGCUGGCUACACAGCUCAUGAAUGAUCGGGAGCCCUGUGUGACACACGCAUUACAGAGGUGGCGAUGGGCAGCAGUCUGUGAAAGAUGCCCUGCUUGUACUGAAUGCACUUCUUCCAUAGCUGUCCCGCUCUGAGCUUUUCCUACCACGGGCAGAGGAUACUACUGACCUGGAUCAUCAGCCCCAGAGAGCCCGGAUCCAGAGAGAGCAGCUAUUUGGACCCAGCAGAUAGCAGAACACUGACAGGAAGAAGAUGCCAUUCCAUCAUGUCACUGCUGGCUUGUUGUACAAGGGAAAUAACUACUUGAACCGAUCACUAUCCACAGGAAGUGACAGUGAGCAGCUUGCGAACAUCUCUGUGGAAGAACUAGAUGAAAUCCGCGAAGCCUUCCGAGUAUUGGAUCGAGAUGGGAAUGGUUUCAUUUCAAAACAAGAACUGGGAAUGGCAAUGCGAUCAUUGGGUUACAUGCCUAGUGAAGUUGAAUUGGCCAUUAUUAUGCAACGUCUUGAUAUGGAUGGUGAUGGCCAGGUGGACUUCGAUGAAUUUAUGACAAUUCUUGGUCCAAAACUUGUAUCCACAGAAGGUCGAGAUGGAUUUCUUGGAAAUACAAUAGAUAGUAUAUUUUGGCAGUUUGACAUGCAAAGGAUAACACUGGAAGAACUAAAGCACAUUCUAUAUCAUGCAUUCCGGGAUCAUUUAACAAUGAAGGACAUUGAAAACAUAAUCAUUAACGAAGAAGAAAGUUUAAAUGAAAAUUCGGGAAACUAUCAAACAGAGUUUGAAGGAGUACAUUCCCAGAAGCAGAACAGGCAAACCUGUGUACGGAAGAGCCUUAUAUGUGCAUUUGCCAUGGCCUUUAUUAUAAGUGUCAUGUUGAUUGCAGCCAAUCAGAUUCUUCGGAGUGGCAUGGAGUAGGUCUGUCACUAUAGCACUGUGAACACACAAUUAACCAUGCAUGCGCAUGCCUAGGUGAACAUUUUUAUUAAUGAAUAUUUAAUGGAAACUGCUGCGAGAAGAAUUGUUCUGCAACCCGUACAAAGCCAGCAGUUCUGAAGUGAUGUGCGGAACAAUUGAACCUUCUCGGCAGGGACACAAAAAGGGCUGUCUUAAUGCUUUAACAGUUUUUGUUUCCUAAUGCAAUAAACCCGCAGGAGUUCUGAAUUAUUACUUCAAAGUUAAGUGAUAAGAUCACCGUGCUGAAUCUGUGCACAGAUGCCUAUGAACACUGACAGAUAAAAUGUGAAUGGUGUUUAACUGUGUAAGCAUUAUUGUCAAUCCGCACCUGGCGGAAUUUUCCAUCCUAGCUGCAACAACUAUUUUUCAGGAAUACAUCAAUUUAGAUUUUGCACUAAGCUGUUUUAAAAUGGCCAGUGGCAACCAAGGAAGCAUUGUGUGCAAAUCGCUCAUAAAAGGAUUCCAUGUUCUAUUUCUGUCCAUACCUUAACAUAAGUAUUUUACUAUGUAUAUAAGCUACUCUGAUGAAAUGUGGUGUUUGAACUUCUGAGUUAAAUCUCUUGGCAGACACUGGACAAUGAUGAAUAGUCUGGGUUAGUGGAACAUUCUGGUGAUUCAGUAAGUUAAUUUUUGAAAAUAACAUUGUUUUAUGUAAUUAAAUACAUUUCUUUCUAUAAUGAUUAAAGCAAUAAUAACAAUGGCACAAAAGAUUUGGAAUAAAUCCAUUUUGGAGACAUUGUCUUGAUCUUAUUGACAAUAUUAUCCAUCUAAUGCAUUGACCUCUGGACAGUCAUGCAUUAGAUGCUCAUGAAAAACAAUCCUCAUACUGCAGUAACUAAUAUUUGUCCAUAUAAUGAAUUUAGGAGAGCCAAAGCCAUACCAAUAUUUUUCUGUAAUUCCAUACCAAAAUCAACCAUUCUUGAAUUUUAUCUUUGUACAAUUGCCUAUUCAAAUCUGGCAUGUUUUAUAUUGGAAGCUGGAAGAUGAAAGUAUUGUCAAUUUUUCAAACUUUAGACGUGCAUUCUAAAUGAUUGUUCUGUAAAUAUAAGAAAACAUUUACAAUGAGCUAUUGAGAGGUUUUUAUGUGGACCUCAAUCAUGUACGUAGUGCGUUGUGCAUUUGCACCAGUGGAUGGGUCACCCAGCGCACAUGCGGGUGUAUACUUACCUACAGUAGGUGUGCCAAAAGGUAGAAAAAUCUGGAGAGAAUCAUUGUGCCAAAUUGAAACCAUCAAAUCAAUGGUCCAUCCUCAUACUGCUCUAGUACCAUCUCUUUCAUUACGUGGACUUUUCAGUUUAUCUCUUAAAGUACUGCUUGCUUUAAAUUCAUUUAUGGUAUAAGCAAAUCACACGUGUGAAACUUUUAAUUACAUUACUCAGAAUGCACCUAAAAUCUGAAGUGCAACAUGGAAACACCAAAUUUGUCCCAUUAAAGUAAAGGAUGAUACAGUACCUAAAGAUUAUCAAAUCUGAGCUGAAGAAUACUGCUUUUGUGGAGUGUAAAUGAAUGUCUGAGCCUCUGCACAACACAUUUCUAAAAAUGUGACCUCUCCAUUAGAGAGCAAUAAAGAACCAACCAAUCAGCUAAUAAUUGUCAUUUUUUUCAAACAGCCUGUAAAAUAAUAGAAGCUGAUUGGUUAGUGCUUUAUAUCGCUCUACUUUGUCUCUCUCUAAGCUUUGAUAAAUACCCACCUAACUGUCAUAAUCGUGCUCUACCUAAGAAUAUCUCAUUUUUGCACUGCUCUGCAAAUUGAGGAUUACCAGUGCGCAUACUCCGUGUUUUGCAAAGAUUAACCUCCCCAUGACCAACCGCACCCUCAGACUGUACAACAGUCUGCUUCUUUGCAAAAGCAGCUAUGUUUCCCCUCAAUCCUAUGCCCUUAAGCAGAGAAUUGUGCAAAUGAAAGUGCACACUGGGACCAAUGCUAGUUUUGGAUGCGCAUAAGUCAUUUUGUACUUCGCAAUUAAUCUCUAUUGCGCUUUUUUUAAAGGUUGUUGCAGAAUUAAUGUCUGCAAUAAGCAGAUUGUGUUUUUCAGGUAUGCUUUCCCUUUUCAAGUAUAAACUAAAUACACGUUUUAAAAAUAAACUAUAUUUGGUUUACUGGGGAAACAAAUAUGUUUAUUAAACGUAAAUGUUGUACUGCUAGUUUCAAUUCCCACAAGGUAACUGGCUAUUCAUAGUCUGCAAACAUCAGAAUUGUUCUUUUGAAUGAAAAAUAAAGUGCCAGUAUUCUUUGGUAGAACAUAAAGAAAUAUACUGAGUGGUUACAACUGUGCUCACAAAGUAAGAAUUCAAUGCCAGAAGCUGCUGGUUACUGCUGAUUCCUACCCUUUACAUUUGGCAGUUAAUCUAUUGUGAUUUUCAUUUUCACUUCUACUCUGCAUAGUAUGAAUGUAAUAAAGAUAUAUUUGAAUACUUUAUGCACAAAAGCAUUGUAGACUAUAUAGAUUUUUUUCUUUGUCUAAGGCAAAAAAACACACAACAACAAUCAACUAAUUGUAUGUGAUUUUGUAGAACAUGAGCAGGGUGCUAACUGCUAAUGGACAUUUGUUCAGAAAGCAGCCGUGGGAGGCGAAGGACUGGCAAGACAUAUCAAUUUUGAAAGAAAAAAAAAAUACUUUAAAGCAAUUGAGUCACUGUGUUUGUGUGGUAAUCUGCGACUUUCUAGAUGUUGUUUAGCUACUUUUUUAAUUUAAAAGCUUUACUACUGUGCUAGCAUUUAGAGGGGACUUAGAUUUGAAUAUUGUAAACUUUAAGAGUUUCUUGAUCCCCAUUGUAUGCCUUUGUCUGUAUGACCUAAUGUUUGCCUUUACUCUCCAGGUGAAUAUAUAUAAUUUUGAGUCUAGUCGUUUAUAUUGACGGGUUCGGUGUGAAUUACCGAUGUCCAUAUCCCGACAGCGGCAUCCCGCCCACCAGAAUGCCGGCAGAGGGGCGAGCGCUAAGAGUCUCCUUGCGGGCUCACUGCGCUCACCACACUCACCACACUGUGGGCUCGGUCGUUUGCUGCUUUCGCCACAGGAUCUAUUCCCACUCUAUGGGUAUCAGGAUCACCCACAAGUGGGCAUAGCCCUGGAGGUUAGGAUUCCAGCUGGCGGCAUUGUCGGCUGUCAGGAUUUUGGCAGCGGACAGCCAUUCACUGUAUGGCUGCAGGCUGGGAGUCUAGGAAAAGAAUGCUGCCUUGCUGCUCUGAUUGUGUGACCACAACCCACCACGGCUCAGGGGCCCCUAGAAUUCUGGGAC